AAUCAGACUGGACUCUGCAGAGGUCGAACAUUGACCCCCAGCUAAGACCAGCCGAAGAGAGCCGGCCAGACAGCCGCUGGGAAGACUAGGCUACCUCGGAGGACGUUGCUGGAAUCCCACUUCUGGGAACAGGACAUAGCAGGAGACGGAGAUCGAAAGUUCCCAUGGCCCACUUCCGCAUCCGGCGCUAUCGGGAGGAGGACUUCGAGGCCGUGUGGGACAUUUUCACGCGGGGGACGUUGGAACACGUCCCCGUCACUUUCCGACACCUGCUGAAACAGGCAAGAACCUACCUGCUCCUUCUGGGGAUCCUGCUUGCCCUGUUCGUGGGCUCAGAGCCCAUCUACCCAGUUCUCCUCGCCCUCCCGGUCCUCUCAGCCGCCACGUGGUUCAUCAUCAGACUGCCCUGGUCCGGCUACUUAAAGAACGCCCGCCGCACUGACAUGUCCGACAUUCGGAAAUUCUACCUGAGCGAAGAAGGUUCCUGCUUCUGGGUGGCCGAGUCUUCAGGGAGGGUGGUGGGCAUGGUGGGUUGUCUCCCUGAGGAGGGUCCCCCCAGAGGAGAAAAAAAGCUCCGGCUGCUCCAUAUGUUUGUGGACCAGGGGCAUCGAGGCCAGGGCAUCGCUAAGGCACUGGCCAGGACUCUGCUCCAGUUUGCCCGGGCCCGGGGCUACACCGAAGUCAUCCUCACUACCAGCAGUGUGCAGUAUGCGGCCCAGAGGUUCUAUGAGGGCCUGGGCUUCCUCAAAGUCGGCGAAUCAUUUUGGUCCCUGAGCUGGAGGCUGGUGGCUAUUCCUUUCUUUCAUUACAAAUACCCCAUCCCUUCUCUUCCCUGAAAUGCCCCCCUUCUGGAUGGUAAGCUCCCUGUAGGCAGGGUAUAUGUCCACCAACAGUAUGGCUGAGUAUUCACCCAUCCACCAAUUCAUUCAGUCAGUCAUAUUUAUUGAGCACUUACUAUGUGCAAGGCAGUGUACUAAGUGCUUGGGAGAGUACAUUAUAACAAUAAACAGACACAUUCCCUGCCUACAAAGAGCUUACAGUCUAGAUUGAUAGGUAAGAGCCCCUGGGUACUAAGCUUGGUGUAGUGGAUAGCAUACGGGCCUGGGCAUCAGAAGGACCUGGCUUCGAAUGCCGACUCUAGCC